AUGGACAGCUCCGUGCUCUUCCAGCCCCACUGCCUUUCUGCCUUUGACAGAGCCACUUCUACUCUCCAGGUAUCUCUGCGGAUGAGCCAGACGGCGGAGCUGUCCUGUCUGCUUCCAAUGGCCGACUCAGAUUUCCCACCCAGAGCAAGUACCACGGAAUUCACAGCGAAUCACAGCAGUCUAAAUGAAGACUAUGCUGGGGUAACGGAUUUGGAUUAUUACGUGGAUGGCGAUACCUUACUAUGUUCCUUGGGGGAGGUCAGAAAAUUCUCCCAGUUAUUUGUGCCCAUUGCUUACACUUUAAUCUGUGUCUGUGGCCUAUUGGGAAAUAUUUUAGUGGUGAUCACCUUUGCUUGUUAUAAGAAAGCUAAGUCUAUGACAGACGUCUAUCUCCUGAACAUGGCCAUCGCGGACAUGCUGUUUGUUCUGACUCUGCCCUUCUGGGCAGUGAGCCACGCUAGGGCGGCAUGGUCUUUUAGCAAUGCCAUGUGCAAACUGAUGAAAGGCAUCUACGCCAUCAACUUCAACUGUGGGAUGCUGCUCUUGACCUGCAUCAGCAUGGACCGUUACAUUGCGAUUGUGCAAGCAACCAAAUCUUUCAGGUUCCGGUCCCAAACACUAGCGCACAACAAGGUCAUCUGCCUGGUGGUGUGGUUGGUCUCCAUCGGUAUAUCCUGCUCCACAUUCAUCUUCAAUCAGAAGUACAGCAUCCAAGGCGUCCAUGUCUGUGAACCCAAGUACCAAGGUGUCAUGGAGCCCAUCAGGUGGAAGCUGCUGAUGUUGGGACUACAGCUGCUCUUUGGUUUCUUCAUCCCGCUGGUCUUUAUGGUAUUCUGCUACAUGUUUAUCGUCAAAACGCUCUUGAGGGCUCAGAAUUCCAAACGGCACAAGGCCAUCCGAGUGAUCCUAGUGGUUGUUCUUGUGUUCCUGGUUUGCCAGACCCCCCAUAACAUGGUACUUCUUGUGACUGCAGCCAACUUGGGCAGCAUGAACCGUUCCUGCAGCAGUGAGAAGCUCAUAGCCUACACUAAAACCAUCACGGAGGUCCUGGCUUUUCUGCACUGCUGUCUGAACCCGGUGCUCUAUGCCUUCAUUGGCCAGAAGUUCCGGAACUACUUCCUGAAGAUUGUAAAGGACCUGUGGUGUGUGAGAAGGAAGCAGCACGCCAGCAGCUUCUCCUGCUCCCGGAUGUACUUGGAGAGCGCUGUGUCCAGACAGACCAGCGAGACAGCGGACAAUGAGAAUGUGUCGUCCUUCACCAUGUGA